GCGUUAGCUUCUUUAGCUAGCCACAACGUUAACGCUAGCGCUACGACUUGACUUGACUUGACAUGACAAUGUUUACCAGCUAGCUAACGUUAACUCCGUACCUUGAUGUUCCUAUCUUAAAACAUACAUUAGUGACCGUAACGUGGCUUAAAUCAUCCAUUGAGUUACAUUAACGUUAGUUAAAUGCAUAGCGUUAGCUAGACUAACGUUAUAACGUUAACGUUAGCUAGCUAGCUAGCUAGCUAGCUAUAUAAACAGGUCUGGUAACUAAAAGGUAACAAAGAUGAUGGAUGCACUGUCGGUGGUGCGUCAGCUGCGGGACCUGGCCUCUGAGCCGCAGAACCGAGAGGUGAUAGUGCAGGACCAGGGCUGUCUCCCCGGGCUGGUUCUCUUCUUGGACCACCAGAACCCAGACGUGCUACUCGCAACUCUUCAGACCCUGCGCUACUUGGCUGAGUUGUCUCCCAACAUCUCCACCAUGAAGAAUGAACUGGGUAUGAUGGUGAGCUUGGAGAAUCUAACUGGGAGGGAGGGCCUGUCUAUUGACAUCACAGCCUUGGCCAAGGAGGUGUUUGACAUUCUGAGUGCACCUGCUAAUCUUACGCGCACGCCUGAGAGGGAGAGGAGAAAGAAAUCCCAGUUUUUUAUCAACUCCACCAACAAGAAGGCCAAGUCUGUAACUCUGCACAUCCAGGGGCUGGAUAGCACUGACACGCGAGGCUUGUGUGAGGAGGCUCUUCUGAAGGUCAGAGGAGUGAUCAGCUUCACCUUCCAGAUGGCUUCCAAGAGAUGCACCGUCCGCAUCCGCUCAGACCUGCCCACUGAGAGUCUGGCAUCAGCCAUCGCUGCCACUAAGGUGUUGUCAGCCCAGCAGGUGGUGAAGAAUGAGGCAGGAGAAGACGUUUUCAUCCCUCUGAACCCAUGUGGAGGGGAAGUGCAGCAAAACUCAGCUCUACCAGACUACCUCCCAGAAGAAGAGGAGAGCCCAGAGAAGGAGGUCGACCGAGCGGUUUCCCGCACCACAGCUAAGCAAGAUUCUAAUGGAAGCUGGCUCAACGCCGCCGCCGGUUUCCUCACCAAAACUUUCUACUGGUGAAACUGGCGCAGUUUAAUUCCCUGAGAUCCAGUGAUGUAAAGUUGUGCUAAAAGACUAACUGCUGUGUGUUUUGAAUGAGUGGACAUUACUGGAUGUUAGCACACCAAAGGCCUACAUCCUGGCGUUGUGUGCAUGGUCUGAACUUCACCAACUUGCCAUCAGUUCUCAGAAAAACUACACAUUGUCAAUUCACAAGCACUUCGGAUUUUUGCUUUAUUAUGGUUAUCUGGUUACUAAUGGAUGAUCACACACUUGAAAAAUAUCUUGUCUCUGGACUUGCAUAAUGCUGUUUUCUAUCCAGUAUUCUCAUUAAAUGUAAAUAUUUUCUUAAUCUGUCAAACUGUCCAUUUUCUCCUGACAUGUAAAAAGAAAAAAAAAAAAGACUUUGUUGCUACUUUUCUACA